GGCCCUGCCCUACUACGGAAGCUCGAGGAGUCACGUGAGCGAGAUUCUGGGAGGAGUGCACGUGCGUAUUCCAGCUCUGGGCUCUGUCUCCUCCGUGCUAGGGAAGCUUGCAGAGUCCGUGGGAGAGGGAAGGCAGGAAUGCACACCGGCGUGUCAGUCGUGGGGUGAGGAUCGCAGUGCACAGGCGCAACAUAGUUGGCUUCCCCUUCCCCCUCUUCACUAUAGAUUCCGGGACUCUUUUGCAGCAGAGAGGUGACUGGAGGCAGCUUGUUGAGUGGCUUGGCAUCUUGGAGUGGUGGCAGCUAUUGUCCGGUUUAGUGGCCUCAGCUUUACUGGAAGGAGAAGGUGGUAUAGGAUCUCCCCCCAAGGAAGGGAGUCCAACCCAGGAGAGUAUCCCUGCUCUGCAACCUUUCAUCCAACUCCAGCGCAGUAGUGAAGCGAGUCCUUCUCCCAGCUGGGCAGAAAGGACGUGAGUGAAGUCAGAGCAAUGAAAAAACAAAAAGGAUGGUCAAGCAUGGGAGCCAUGACCCUGACACGUCAGGAGAAGGAUAUAGCUUUUCUCCCGGUUGGCAACAUAGAAGAGAAGGAAGGAGGGACUUCUGGAGUCCUAACUGCCGGGUUUCAGGAAUCUCUGACAUUCAAGGAUGUGGCUGUGGAGUUCACCUGGGAAGAGUGGAGACACCUGGAUCCUGCCCAGAGGGCCCUGCACAGGAAUGUGAUGUUGGAGAACUAUGAGAACCUGGUCUCCAUAGGGAUUCCCGUUUCCAAACUAGAUUUGCUCUUGCUGUUGAAGAGAGAAGAUGUUCAGAAUCAAGAGGGAGAAGCUGGGACAGGAACUUCUACAGAAGGAAAGAUCAGACUUGAAGUGAAAGAGAUUUCUGCAGAGUUAAGCCUUUCUGGGGAAGAAACUCAGAAGCAAAGCUGCAUUGGUGAUGGUGCCUGUGAUUCCACUUGGAGAGAAAACUUGGAUGUACAUCAGAAAAUCCACACUGGAGGGAAACCUUACGAAUGUAAUCAAUGUGGUAAAACAUUUGCAAAGAGAGCUUCUCUUACUGUACAUCAGAGAAUCCACAAUGGAGAGAAACCUUAUAAAUGUAAUCAGUGUGGAAAAGCUUUUAUACGGAGGAGCAGUUUUACUGACCAUCAGAGCAUUCACACUGGAGAGAAACCUUAUGAAUGUAAUCAGUGUGGAAAGGCUUUUACAUACGAGUCUCGUCUUACUAUACAUCAGAAAAUCCACACUGGAGGGAAACCUUACGAAUGUAAUCAAUGUGGUAAAACAUUUGCAAAGAGAGCUUAUCUUACUGUACAUCAGAGAAUCCACUCUGGAGAGAAACCUUAUAAAUGUAAUCAGUGUGGAAAAGCUUUUAUACGGAGGAGCAGUUUUACUGAACAUCAGAGCAUUCACACUGGAGAGAAACCUUAUGAAUGUAAUCAGUGUGGAAAGGCUUUUACAUACGAGUCUCGUCUUACUAUACAUCAGAGAAUCCACACUGGAGAGAAACCUUUUGAAUGUAAUCAAUGUGGAAAGGCUUUCAGAGGUAGGAACGGUCUCAAACUACAUCAGAGAAUCCAUACUGGAGAGAAACCAUAUAAAUGUAAUCAAUGUGGAAAGGCUUUCACACAUAGGUCCGCUCUUACUGUACAUCAGAGAAUCCACACUGGUGAGAAACCUUAUGAAUGUAAUCAAUGUGGAAAGGCAUUCAGAUCUAGAAAUAGUUUGGUUACACAUCAGAGUGUCCACACUGGAGAGAAAUCUUAUGAAUGUAAUCAAUGUGGAAAGGCAUUCAGAUCUAGAAAUAGGUUGGUUACACAUCAGAGUGUCCACACUGGAGAGAAACCUUAUGAAUGUAAUCAGUGUAGAAAGACUUUUACACACAAGUUUGGUUUUAAUUUACAUCAAAGAAUCCACACUGGAGAGACUCCUUUUGAAUGUAAUCAAUGUGGAAAGGCUUUCAGAGGUAGGGACGGUCUCAUACAUCAGAGAAUCCAUACUGGAGAGAAACCAUAUAAAUGUAAUCAAUGUGGAAAGGCUUUCACAAAUAGGUCCGCUCUUACUGUACAUCAGAGAAUCCACACUGGUGAGAAACCUUAUGAAUGUAAUCAAUGUGGAAAGGCAUUCAUAUGUAGAAGGAGUAUGGUUAAACAUCAGAGAAUUCACACUGGAGAGAAACCUUAUGAAUGUAAUCAGUGUGGAAAGGCAUUCAGAUCUAGAAAUAGUUUGGUUAAACAUCAGAGAAUUCACACUGGAGAGAAACCUUAUGAAUGUAAUCUGUGUGGAAAGGCUUUUACACAGAAGUAUGGUCUUACUGUACAUCAGAGAAUCCACACUGGAUAGAAAUCUUAUGACUGUUACCAGCUUAGUAAAGUCCUCAAUCAAAAGUCAACCCUUAUUUUCCCUCAGGCACUGCCAAGUCAGUAAACAACAGUCCUUGGCGGCAGCUGUGUGGAUCCCAGCCAUACCUUUGGGAACUUUUGCUCUACUGAUGACCCUGGGGUCGCCUGCUAACUAAAGGAAGAUUGCAGGACCCUCCACUGGCCCUGGACGUGGGGCUUCAGCACAUUGAUCAGACAUGGUCCCAGGCUGUGCCUAAUGAUGGAGGAGCGCACAAGUAAGAGCAAUGGUUUUGUCUCACUUGGAAGUAAUCCAAUGCUAAGGUUUACAUAAUUGAAGCUGAAUCCCUUUCUUUUUCCCGAUUGGAAUCAUGAGUAUGAUUACUACUUCAAUUUAGGAAGAUGAGAAAUAGAGACUGCUUGGUGUCUCAUAGCAUGAGACUUCAGGGGCCUAGAAAGGAGCCUCCAUGAUCUUCAUGGUUAGGUCUAGUCAUUUAAAGGUGAUUAGGUACAAGAAAAAGAGAGUCACAUACUGAAGCCAGAGCGUGCAUUGACUACUAGGAAAGACAUCAGAAUGCAGAAUGGAGAUUGAGAUUGGGCCAGGUGUCAGCCCUGGCCUAGUCUGUUAGUGACUAAACAUUAAUGAAGCACCUACUAUAUUCUAGUCUCUGAGGACACAAAGGGAAACAAAAGACAGACAGACCCUGUUGUCAGAGAUCAGAAUCUAGUAUACAAACAUAGUGAUAGUUCAGGAAGAAAUAAAAGAUCAUGAACCUAACUUUUAAUGAUCCAGGGAAAAGAGGGUGUUUUAUGAAUGGAAAUCCAUUUAGUUAAACAGGGAAAUGAGUGAAUAGAAUUAUGAGAACAAUUCAGUUUAAGAAGGGCAGACUUGGAGAACAAAGAGUAAAAAUCAAAAUCAUAAGGAAAAAAGUAAUAUCUAGCAGUUAAAUAGCACCUACUGUGUGCAGUGCAUUUCAUCAAUAUUAGUUCAUUUGGUUCUCAUAAGAACCAUAAGGGUUAAGUGUAAUAAUUAUUCUCAUUUUACAAGUGAAGCAACUGCAAUGAGCAGAGGUCUUAUGACUUGCCUAGGGUCAUAUUACUAGCGAAUGUCUGGGAUUGGUAUGCUUCUAUCCAGUGUACCAAAAAAGUAAAAAUGCUCAUAUAUGAGUGAGGUUGAAAAUGAGAGAAGUUUACAAACUUUCUUGCUGAGGGAUGAACAUGCCUUUUUUUUGUUUGUUUUUAGCUCCUUAGCCAGUCAGCAAGAUGAAUGGCAAUUUACCGUUUAAAAUUCUUCUUACUUUCUCCAUUGUGCCACUUAACUGCGCAAUUGGAAUCGGUUGAUACGAGCAGUAGCCAUUGUUUCAGUACCAUGAAUGUAGCUGAAGCAAACACUAUGGAAGCAUUUAGAGUUUGAUCAGACAUCAACGACUCCAAGAUAAUUCACCGUGCCUGUGGGCAUUGCAAGUCAUCUUGUCUUUUGCAACAUGAGCAAUAUGGAAAUCAGUUUUAGAUGACUGCACAUAUAUAAUCUAUCUCAGAAUGCUUGCCUUCUCAAGGAGUCGGGUGAGAAAGUAGGAAUAGAGAGAAUUUGCAAUUCCAAAUUAAAAAAAGAUGCUGAGUCACCAUAGCCAAGAUAGCAGACAGAAAUCAGGGAUUUACCUCAGGUUUCUCAAAUUCUCCUCGAUAUGACUUUAAAAUAAUGUCUCAAAACAUUCUGGAACAGAAGAACUCCAAAAAGGAUGAGGUUAAAGAAUUUUUCUGCCUAGAGACUUUAGAAGGCCAGCAGGAAAGAUCACUCCCACCGUGGUGAAAGUGGAGCAAAGUCUAGCACAGGCUAACAGAAUAAUAGCAAGGCCAUGCCUUACUCUGUUAGCAGCAAAGCCAUGUGCCCUGACCCAUCAGCAGCAGGCUUUUAAGGGAACUGAAUUGGCAGAAGCUACUUCUGGAGCUCCUAUUCCACAGACAGUAAGGGGCAGGGAGAGGUCAGACAACUUAAUAGGAGAUCAAAGGUCCUUUUUCUAGCAUUGUGUGUAGGAGUCUGUUUCAUAGCUCAUAUGUAGAUUCUAGUUCUAGGCCUGGUGGCAGUCCCAAUGUAAGAAGUACCAUUAGUGACAAGCUCUAGAAGUAAUAGAAUUUGUAGCCAUUAGGGAUCUGGGAUGCUGAUCACAGUUCCAAAAUGUAAAAUAAAAGGCUGGUUAUUCACAGUCCAGAGUAGGCCAAGAGAGUAGUGAACACACCUCUUUGUACAUCACAUCACCUUGGAAGAAGUGAAAAUGUAUAGAAACACUCCACCCCAUUCAGCGCCACCUCUGAAAGCACUUACAUUUAAAAACAAAACAGGCUUCAAACAAUGCCUCCUCUACCCCAGGAGCAGACUUCAAAUUUAGCAUGAAAGUCAAGAAAUAGGUUAAGGAAUGAGCAAACAACUUUAAAAAAGCAUUUCACCAUAAAAAGUUACUGUGGUGAAAAGAAGAUCAAAACAAACUGAAAAUGACAAAGUCUCAAAGAAAAAUGUGAAUUGAUUUCAGGAACAAAAUCCUAGAAGACCUCAAAAAAGUAUUUUAAAAAUCAAAUAAGGGAAAUAGAGGGAAAUUGAGAAAAUAAUUGAGCGAUGAAUGAAAUAAAAUUUUUAAAAGGGUCCUUAGUUUGGUAAAAGAGGCACUAAAAAUACUGAAUAAAAGGAUGUUAAAAACAAUAGACCAAAUGGUGAAAAGGGCACAAAAAUCUGUUAAAAAAAGGAACUUCUUUAAAAUCAAAAUUAGCCAAAUGGAAAAAAGAUAUAAAAAAUGUACUGAAGAGAACUUCUUAAAAAGUAGAGCUAGUCAAAUGGAAAGUAGAACUACAAAAGUUAAAUGAAGAAAAUAAUUUCUUAGAAAUUAGAAUUGGGCAAGUGGAAGCUAAUUCCUCCAAGAGAUUUUAUGAAAUAAAAUUUAAAUAAAAAGAAUACGUAAAUAGAAAAAAACUGAAAUAUCUCAUUGGAAAAAUGACUGACCUUGAAUCGAUGCAGGAGUAAUAACUGAAUGACUGUACAACCUGAAAAGCAUGAUUUAAAAAAAAAAAAAAAGCUAAAUUCCAGGGCUCCCAGAUUAAGCAGGAAAUACAGCAAACAAUCCUCUGAAUUGAAACAAAAUUCAAAUAUUGUGUAGCCACAGUCAUUAUACCACAACAUUUAGCAGCUUUGAUAUUUAAUGACUGGUUAAUGUCGAAUAUGAUAUUCCAGAGUGUAAAGGAACUAGGAUCACAACCAAGCAUCAUCCACCCAGUAAUACUGAGUACAAACAUUCAUGAAGAAAAAAGGAAUGUUUAGUGAAAUAGAGUUCUUCUUAAGUAUUUUUUUGUGAAAGGGACAGAGCUGAAAAUAAAAUCUGAUUUUCAAAUAUAAGUCUCAAGAGAUGCAUAAAAGGAAAGGAAAUCCUAGAGCAAUCAGUAAAUUUAAGCUGCUUACGUUCCUUCAUGAAAAGAUGACAUUUGUAAUUCCUAGGAACCUUAUCAUUAUUAGGGCAGUUUGUAGGGCAUGGGUAUGAGUUUACUAUAAUGAGAUGAAUGCAUUAAAAUAUUAAGGGGUGAGAUGGAUGUAUUGGAAGGAGGGAAGGGAAAAGUCAAAUGGGUUAGUUUUCUCACAAAAAAGAGUCAAAAGAGCUUUUGAAGUGGGGGAUUAGGUGGAGUUGUGGAGAAGAAUUUAUAUUUUAUUGAAAAUUGGCUCAAAGGGCAAAUAGAAUAUACACAACUGAGUAUAGAAAUACCCUUUGCCUUGUAAGAGAAUAGGGAAAGGGGAUGAGAAAAGAGAAUUGGUUAAGUGGAAAAGGCAGUAGUCAGAAGCAAAACACUUUAGAAUGAAUAGAAUGAAAGGAGAAAAGCAAGUAAGAUAAACGGGAAAAAAGGAUAGGAAAAAUAUUCAGUUAAUCCUAAGGUAAAAAAGUUUACAGCAAGUUUCUCUAAACAUGAAGAAUAUAUAUGUAUAUUUAGGAAAAUGAAAGUUAAAAUACCUUAGGUACUUACCUUACACCUAUCUGAUUGGCUAAUUUGAGAGAAACAAAAAUAACAAAUGGGGGAAAUUUGAGAUGCUUAUGUAUUGUUGGUGGAACUAUGAACUGAUUCAAACAUUCAUGGGAACAAUUUAGAAGCUUGCUCAAAAGUUUCUAAAACUAUGCAAUAUCAUGACCAGGUCUGUAGCCCAAAGUUAUCUUUUUUGGGGGAAAAAAGGUCUAUUUGUACAAAACUUUCUAGCAGUUCAUUUUGUGAUGGCAAAGAAUUGGAAAUUGAGGGGAUGCCCAUCAAUUGGGGAAUACAUGAAGUUUUGCUAUAAUGAUUAUGACAGAAUACUAUUCUGCAAUAAGAUGAUGAAGAUAAUUUCAGAAAAAAACUUGAAAAGCCUUUAAUGAACUGAUUCAAAGUAAAGUGAGCAGAAUAUGGAGAACAUUGUACACAGUAGUUGCAAUAUUAUUCAGUGAUCAAGUGUGAAUGAAUUAACUAUUCUUAGCAAUACAAUGAUCCAAGACAAUUCUGAAGGACCCUGGAUAAAAAAUGCUACUCCCAAAGAAAACUGAUGGAGUCUGAAUGAAGAUCAAAGUCUUCCUUGAUUAGAUUUGCUUUUGUCAGGUCUUGGAAUGCAGGGGGAAAAAGAAUGGCUCAAAUUCUCUUGAACUGGAGACUCAAAUCAUGUUACUUCAAGAAGCAUUUCUCAACCAGUUCUCUUUUAUAAAGCACCUACUAAGGGCCAGACAGUAGACUAUGUGCUAAGGAUUAAAAGAAAAAAAAGGAUGAAAUGAUAACUCCCUGGAGGACCUUGCAUUUUAUUGGUUUAUGUCAACAAGCAUUUAUUAAACAUUUCGACACCAAGAAAUACUAGGCUCUGGAGAUACCAGGCUUUGAUUAAAAGGAAAAACCAGAAACAAGUUGCAAAAACUAAAUUCCGUCAAAUCCCAGCAGGCCCACAUGUGCAUUUCCAUUUCUACUAUUGAGGUCUUAGGUCUCAGAAAGGCUUAUUAAGUCCUGCAGCAGACGUGAGAGCCAAAAUAGGGAGCCUGUCGAAGAGCCUCGAAGAGCUUUUACUUCUAUAAACUUGAAACAUAGGAAUUAGGAAACAAUGGUUGAGGUACUUCCCAGAUAAAGCUCAUGGGCUGCUAAAAGGUCUAGCUCAGAAAUUUCCUCAUUUCGAUCUCUGGAGCUCCUGAAAAGCUUCUGGGGUCAACAUGAGUUGUAGGUGCUGAAUAAGCAACAAAUCUGGACCCAGAGCCAUAAACAAGUCCAGUCUCGAAGCUACACAGGACAAGAGAGUUUCCAACAAAGCAAUCUGGUUUUCCCACAGGUUCUAAAUAUGCUUCAAGGAGAAGAUGUCCACAAAGGCAUGCCAAACCUCAACAGCAUCAUCGUAGAGUCAGGCUGGCUCCAGAGCUCCCUCCUGAAUUUCACAGGUUGGGUUUUCCAUAUGCUAUCUCAGAAAUGAGGCAAGUCUAAGCAGGGGCUUUCUAAAGGUAUCAGAAAUAGAUCCAAGCUUCCAUCUUCCCCCAGUGAUAACAUUAACAAGGUUCUUUAGCAAGAGUUGUUUUCUGGUAAAAAGCAAAGGGAAUGUUGGCUCUGCCUUUUCCCCAUCAAUUAUCCUUAUUGGGAAGACUACUACAAAUGAUCUCAUGUAAUCUUGUGCUCUAGGCCUUUCCAUCUACUUUCCCUUUGAUAUUUGAUUGAUUUUUUUUCUUCAUGCCUAAAAGGAGAUAAACAACUUUCUCCUUCCAGAUUGAAUCCUUUUGGUGACAAACAAACCAAACCAGAGACAGUGAAUUCAGUCUCAUGGGCACAUCUCUCAGUGGGGGUAACCUACCCUGGGAGUCAAGUUCUGAUCCUCUGGGGAAGAGGGAGGUCUGAGACAGCCACUGUUUGAUAAAAUUGCUCAGAGAUCUUCUUGUGUCAGUCUUCCUAUUGACACUACUGGAAGCACUGAGUAUGAAUAAUAUAGACUGUAUGUGGUUCUACUGGCUCCAUCCAUUUCUUGCUAGAUGGGUACAAUGAGCAGUAAUUGGACUCCCACCCUAUUUGAGUAGCCCUUUACCCCUCCUAAAUCCAUGAUUUUACCCCUAGUCAGUAUAAUCCAGUUUAAAGACAUUCCAUAAGGUGGCUGAUUAUUUCUUGUGUAUUAAAAUAUAUUAUUGUACAUUGAGUCAGUUAAGGAUAAUCAACUAAUCCCAAUAUGUGUAACACAAUUCAUUAUAAGUGGGCAAGGAAGACUCCCAGACCUCCAGCCUGGAUGGUCUUAGUACUGUAGGAUAGAAAUCUUCUAAUGGGUUGGAAGGUCCCUGCAAAAUGUAAAAUGUCCCCUAGUUAGGAGUCUGUUGCCCAACAUUUGGGUGGGAUUCUGCCUGCUCUGUACUUAUAUUUGUAAGCCCAUUACUCAACAAUAGGUGUGGAGUUCUACUAGCCCUUUACUUUGUGAACCCCAGAGUGACUGUGGGAUCCCCAAGGAGAUUCUGUACUAUCCCAUCUGAACUGUCUGGGACUUAAGGAUUAUAAAAAUUGACUCUGAGCAUAAGGCAGUCUCAGAUAGUGGCCAGGUCCCUUUAAUAAAAAGUAAUUGGCUCAGA